GCGGGCUCCGGCGCCCCGGAGUGCCGGGAGCAUCUCUUCAAGGUGCUGGUGAUCGGGGAGCUGGGCGUUGGUAAAACCAGCAUUAUCAAGCGCUACGUGCACCAGCUUUUCUCCCAGCACUACCGGGCCACUAUCGGGGUGGAUUUCGCCCUCAAAGUCAUCAAUUGGGACAGCAAGACCUUGGUGCGGCUGCAGCUCUGGGAUAUAGCAGGCCAGGAGCGCUUUGGAAAUAUGACCAGAGUAUACUACAAAGAAGCAGUUGGUGCUUUUGUGGUCUUUGAUGUCACAAGAGGCUCCACUUUUGAGGCCGUUUCAAAAUGGAAGCAUGACUUGGACAGUAAAGUACUACUUCCCGAUGGCAACCCCAUCCCUACUGUUCUUCUUGCAAACAAGUGUGAUCAGAAGAAAGAUGGCAGCCAGAAUCCCUCUCAAAUGGACCAGUUCUGCAGAGAAGGUGGCUUUGUUGGAUGGUUUGAAACCUCUGCCAAGGACAACAUCAACAUAGAUGAAGCUGCUCGAUUCUUGGUGGAAAACAUCCUUGCCAACUUCAAAACCUUUCCUAAUGAAGAGAAUGAUGUGGGGAAACCAAAACUGGACCUAGACCCAUUGAAAGCAGAGAGUAAAUCACAGUGCUGCUAAUGCUACCACUGUUCAGUAAAAGUGAUGGGAUGAGCAGCAAGACUGUUCCUUAAAUCAAACUGCUGCUAUGGUGCUGCAUUGUGACAAUCCAUAUGGCAUGUCUGGUGUUAUCAGAAUAGGUGAUUCUUGUGGGUGUUUACAUAUUAUUGUUUAGUAUGAAACUGAGUAUCUUGUGAGUUAUCACUCCACUUGCUUGAGUGGCUGCAUCUAAGUCUGAUUAGUGUUGUCUUACUUGAGAACAUAAGGUAGUGUUUACACUCCUAAAAAGGAACAAACACAACAUUCAGUGUCUAGUUUCCUUCUAGGACAUAUGCUACAUUCCAAAUAGGACUCACUUGUCAUGGUUUUAGCUGAAUAGACACUUUCACCUUU